AUGGGUGAUGACAAUGAAGAGACUAAAACUCCUGAAACCCAAAUUGAGGAGGAUAACAACCCUACACCAAAUGAAAAUGAUAGCAAUCCUGCAAUAACUGAAAAUAACAACACGGAAGCCACAAUUUCAACUCAAGCUGCUGUGAAUAAAAGGAAAGGUAGAUCUCCUGCUUGGGAACAUUUUGAAAAGAAAAAAAUUAGAGGUCAAAUAAAAGCUGUGUGCAUUCAUUGUAAGAAUAUCUUAGGCGCAAGUAGCAAGAAUGGGACUAGACAUUUACUUGAUCAUGUAAAGUCUUGUCUUUAUAAAAGACAAAGAACCAUAGAUCAAUCAAUGUUGAAUCCUACAAAGUUGAGUGAUGGGACUGUCAAACUUGGCACUUAUAAUUUUAACCACGACCAUGCUAGGAAGGCACUUGCAAAUAUGAUUAUUCUUCACGAGUAUCCAUUAUCUAUGGUUGAUCAUAUUGGAUUCAAGAUGUAUUCCAAUACUUUGCAACCAUUAUUUAAGGUGUGUUCUCGAAACACAAUCAAGAAGGACAUAUUUAAGGUUUUUGAAGUUGAGAGGGAGAAAACAAUGAAGUUGUUGGACACCAACAGAAGUAGAAUUGUCAUUACAACGGAUAUGUGGACAUCGAAUAAUCAAAAGAGAGGAUUCAUGACUAUCACAUCACAUUUCAUUGAUGAUGCAUGGAAUUUACAAAGCCGACUAAUAAGGUUUAUAUAUGUUCCAUGUCCACACACGGCAGAGGAACUUGCUGAUGCUUUAUUGGAAUGCAUGUUCGAAUGGAAUCUUGACCGUAAGUUUUCUACCUUAACUGUAGAUAAUUGUUCUACAAAUGAUUCCAUGACUGUGAUAGUGUUAGAUAAGAUUUGCUCGAGUUCACUUAUGUUAGAUGGACGUUUAUUCCACAUGCAGUGUUGUGCUCAUAUUUUGAAUUUGGUAGUGAGAGAUGGCUUAGAGGUGAUUAAAAAAAGUAUUGAGAAAAUUAGGUACAGUGUUGCAUUUUGGCUAGGAACCCAAAAAAAAGAGGAGAAAUUUCUUGAAGCGGCCAGGCAGUUGAGAGUUCCAACCUCUAAAAUGUUAGAACUUGAUUGUAAGACUAGAUGGAACUCUACAUAUUCCAUGUUUAAGACUGCAAUGAUAUACAAAGAUGUUUUUCCUCGUUUGAAGCAACGUGAGCCGUUGUACAAAGAAGUGCCUAGUGAAAGUGAUUGGGCAAAGACAAAGGAGCUUGUUGAUAAGUUGGCCAUGUUUUAUGAUGUGACUAAUAUUUGUGCUAUUAGAUUAACAAAGUUUGAGAAAUAUUGGGAUACAAUGCAUGGUUUGAUGGGAGUUGCAAGUAUUUUGGAUCCAAGGUAUAAGAUGAAACAAAUUGAAUUUUUAUGCCCUCUAAUAUAUCUAAACAAUGCAGCUCAAGAGAUUAAGAAAUAUAAAGAUAUUCUCUAUGACUUGAUCAAGGAAUAUCAGUCAAGAUCUCAACAAAGUCAACAGGUGCAAUCUGAAUCUUUGAUUCCUACUUCUUCAUCUAGACCAUCUAUGCCUAAACUUGAUUUGGUAAAGCAAUUGGAUGUGUUUGUUUCUUACUCCACUACCCAUGGACAUGUUAAAUCUGAGUUGGAUCAUUAUCUAGAAGAGUCUCUUUUACCUAGGAAUGAUGAUGAUGAUUUUGAUAUAUUAUGUUGGUGGAAAUCAAAUGGGAUCAAAUAUCCUACUUUGCAUGAUAUUGCUAGAUAUAUUUUGGCCAUUCCUGUAUCCACAGUUGCUUCAGAGUCUUGCUUUAGUACUAGUGGAAGGAUUAUAAGCCCUCAUCAUAGCCGGCUUCAUUCAAAAACAGUAGAGGCAUUGAUGUGCACUCGCGAUUGGUUAUGGAGUGAGAUAAGAGCUUCAAGCCCUAAUGAGAACGAAGCUAGAAGAGUCACCGUUCAAGAUGAAGAAGUUGAUAAUAAUGAGGAAGAGGAUUGGUUUUCUAAUUUAAGACUAGAUGGAUUUAUUGUGCUUACUGAAAAAGUUUCUAAAGAUUUGGAUUGA